AAUUCUCGCACACUACGUGACUCAGCGUGACAUUGUUGUCAACAGAAACAGGACAGCAAGACAGUUCUUGCUUAGAAAACAGAGGCUCACAGAGUAUAUACUACAGUAAUCAUGGAUGAAUUUCAGACUGGAGAAGAGACAGCAUUUGUCACAGAUGAAGUUACAAACAUAGUGAAAGAGGCUAUAGAAAGUACCAUUGGUCCAAAUUCUUAUCAACACAACAAAGUGAACCAGUGGACGUCAAAUGUAGUGGAACAGUGUUUAAAUCAGCUAACAAAAUUAGGGAAGCCCUUCAAAUAUAUUGUUACCUGUGUAAUUAUGCAGAAGAAUGGUGCAGGGUUACAUACAGCUAGCUCCUGUUUUUGGGACAAUGGCACAGAUGGAAGUUGCACAGUGAGAUGGGAGAACAAAACAAUGUAUUGUAUUGUUAGUGUGUUUGGUUUGGCAAUCUAAGGAGAAGGGGGUAUAACUACCAAAGGGGGGAAUAAUUUGUGACACAGACUUGUGACUGUUCAGAGGACAAUAAAAAAGUGACAAACUUCCAUUUUCAUUCUUAUGGGUCUUGAAGAUGUAGGCCUGCUUCAGCAAUUUGCUUCAAGAAGCAAUGUAAUUCAUUUUCUUUGUACACAUGCAAAUGAAGAUAGCUGUGUUUCUUUUGUAAAGGCCUUGUGGAUUAAUUACAUUUUUAUUUCUAAUUUUAAUGAUCAAUGCAUGUACAUGUAUGUGCACUUGUAUAGAUAUAAACGCCAAGAAAUCUGUACAUUUUAUUAGAGAGAUAUAUUUGUAGACACAAUUUCCAUCCAGUUGUUGAAGAUGUUUCUGUGAUACACCCAUCAGAGUUUCUCCUUCUCAAAUAGAGUUUUUCUUUUUAAAGAAGACUGUUAACAUUUAAUAAAUUAUAACAUAGCAAUUUCUUCAGUAAAGUGAACAAAAUAAGGAACAGAUUGUCUUAAUGUCAUGCUUACAUUAUUUUUGUUUCAAAUUUUAAUUCUAUUUAAUAUAUUUAUUCCAUCAUUUGUACAUAAUGUACUUCUUAUAGAACAUAAUAAAAUUUUGUGUUCAGCUAAA